AUGACGGACGUCAAGCCUAGCUGCCUGGAAGGGAUCGAUGCCAAUGGCACAGACAGUGAAUCAGCAGUUGAGCGAACAGGGGCCAAACCUGCCGAGAUGGUGCGUUUUACUGCUACGCCAGAGAAAAAUGGCGCCACAGUGGAAUCGGAAAAUGCGUCUCAGCUGGAUCAAGCGACUUUGAUGGCCACACGCCCAAAUGGAGGAUGGAAGGCUUGGCUGCAGGUUGCUUGUGGUUUCUCGUUGAUGUUCAACACAUACGGUCUCAUCAACACAUUUGGCAUCUACCAAAAUUAUUACACCGAACAGUUUCGCUUUGACCCCUCUCGCGCAUCUCUUAUUGGUGGACUGCAGAGUUUUCUUCUUUUCUUUGCCAAUGGCGCUGCAGGACCGUUGUAUGAUGCCGGCUAUACACGCCUCUUGGUUGUCACAGGGACAAUACUAAUUGUCUUUGGGACGAUGAUGCAGAGCCUUUGCACAGAAUACUGGCAAUUUAUCUUGGCCGAGUCGUUGUGUAUUGGGUUUGGCGGUGGCCUGACGUCGUUCCUAUCUCCUACGGUUUUAUCGACCUACUUUACAACGUUAUAUCCCCUGGCACAAGGAAUUGCGGCCUCAGGGGCCGGAGUUGGAGGUAUCAUUCUGCCUAUUGUAUAUCGUGAGCUUGAACCAAAAAUAGGGUUUCCCUGGACAGUACGUGUUAUUGGGUUCAUUCUUCUUGCGACUUUGCUGCUUCCAGUGCUAUUUCUUCAGCCACGCAUGAUUCCUGGCGCUGGUCGGAAGUUCAUUGACAAGACCGCAUUUACCGACUGGCCAUUUGUUGUGUUCUUGUGCGGUAACUUCAUCUAUCUCCUCGGCGCUUUCACUCCAUUCUUUUACGUGGAAGUAUACGCCGUUCAGAACAAGAUUGCAAGUGCGGAUCUUGGCUUUUACAUCAUCUCAACUAUGAACGCAGCCUCAGCUAUCGGACGUAUACUGCCUAACUUUGUCAGUUCCUACAUAGGACCGUUCAACAUGCUACUACUGUCGAGCAUCUCAACAUUCGUCUUUGCAUUUGCCUUUGAGGGCGCACACAAUGUUGCCUCGCUCAUUGUUGUGAGUGCCUUCUAUGGAGGCGUUACUGGCUUAUUCUUUGCGCUACAACCCGUUGUAGUGAUUGGACUUUGUCCCGAUCCAAAGCUCAUCGGGACGCGUGUUGGGAUUGCCUUAGGUUUCAUAUCGUUUGCGGUGCUCGCAAGCAAUCCCAUAGCCGGGGCCAUUCAAUCUCGCGGAGGAUUUGUAGGGGUUUGGCUUUGGGCCGGCGUCACGACUGCGGUCGGUACUGGCGUAAUGUCUGUAUCGCGUCUAAUGAAGACCAAAAGUAACUUUUUCAUGAAGGUAUAA